GCAGUGCUGCGAAAAAGCGUUUAGAGGCGUAUUUUUAUAAUACAGAAUAGGUGUUGGGAAGAGAAGCAACAACUCGGCAAUAAACAUCCAUCAUGGCCUCGCAACAGACAUCCGGGACGAUUUUGAGCUUUCACCACGACGGAAAAUUGCUCAAUUUGCAGACGACGGUGGUGUCAAUACGGCCGUUUUCCGCUCUAGAGGAACAGAACCGCGCCAUUUUCAAGGACGGCGGUGAUGAUGACUAUGUUAUCGUAACCAAGGAGACCAUCUUCCACCCCCAGGGCGGCGGCCAGCCCUCUGAUGAGGGAUCAAUCACAUCAGUUGCCUCUCCUGCUGUCUCCAUCAACAUCAGGGCGGCACGAAUGGACGUUGUCAACGACGGGCUGGUGCUGCAUCUCGGCCGUUUCAAAGACUCAACAGCGACAACACUCCAGCCUGGCGAUAUUGUUGAGCAAUCCAUCGAUGCAGAGAAGCGCCUCCUCUACUCAAGACUACACACCGCCGGCCACGUUCUCGGAUCAGCAGUACGGCAUCUCUUGGAGAAGGAGAUUGAGGGCUUCGAUGAACUCAAAGCAUCUCAUUUCCCCGAUAGCGCUGCCUGCGAGUUCCGUGGUCUCAUAGAGGGCAAAUGGAAGCAGCCAAUCCAGGAGCGCGUAGACGACUAUCUGCGCCGCGCAAUGCCGGUAGAAAUUGACUUCUGGACAGAAGACGACUUCAAGAGAGAAGGCCUGGAGCGCUUGAUCCCGGACCGAAGCCUGCUACCUCCAGGAGAAACCAAGUUCCGCGUUGUGCGCAUCGUGGGAGCUGAAGUGUAUCCCUGUGGCGGAACGCAUGUCGACACGACUGAUCUGUGCGGCGCAACAACGGUGAAGAAGAUUGGAAGAAGUAAAGGCAUCAGCCGGGUCAGCUACACAGUCGCAUGAGGGCGGUAGGAAAGACUGGUCGCCGUACGGGGCUAUGACACGAAUGUCUCAGCCACGUAGAUGCUCGUACAAGACACAUCGCAGCGGAGAGAUGCAUAGAUAGGCAAGUGGAUAGACUUUCUUAGACUUGGAGACGGAGGAAUGAAAGAGGGACUUGUGGACAUACCACAAUGAGCUGCAGUCAACCGCCGCAAAAC